AUGACAUUAUGAGCCUUCAAGGCAAUGUUAUUCACAUCAAUAUGUGCUAACCAUAAAGUCGUAGGUAUUAGCUACCUUUGGCUAUCCUAUAUAUUUGGCAUAGUAGGUUUUUACCUUAGCCUAAUUAUUAGAGGAGAGCUAGGUAGUAGUGGAGAUAGGUUCAUAGCUAUUGAUAUAGUAGAUAUCUAUAACCUAGCUUUCACCUUACAUGGCGUUAUCAUGAUAUUCUUCAACAUCAUGCCAGGCCUGUUUGGAGGUAUAGGUAACUACCUACUACCCAUACUGGUCGGUGCUCCCGAGGUUGUCUUCCCAAGAGCUAACUUGUAUAGUUUACUAUUACAGCCAUUGGCAUUUGCUCUUGUGGUUUCUUCACUUUAUUGUGAAGUAAGUGGAGGUACAGGAUGGACAUUAUAUCCUCCUUUAAGUACAUCCAUUACAACACUUAGUGUAGAUUUGAUAAUCUCUGGAUUGAUUAUAUCAGGUAUAGCAAGCGUUAUGAGUAGUGUUAACUUUGUUUGCACUUUUAACAGCUUGAAGUGUAUAGGAAUGCUGUUAGAUAGACAGUUACCAACUUCUUGGUCUAUCUAUAUAACAUCUGUGUUAUUGUUAGUAACAUUACCAGUGUUAACAGCAGCACUAUGUAUGCUUCUUGCUGAUAGGCACUAUAACACUAUGCUAUUUGAUCCUACAAAUGCAGGUGAUCCAAUAUUGUAUCAACAUCUAUUCUGGGUCUUUGGACAUCCAGAAGUGUAUGUACUAAUAUUACCAGCAUUUGGUAUCAUUAGCUUGAUCUUAGCCUGUACUACCUCCAAAGAGGUGUUUGGUAACCAGACUAUGAUUAUAGCAAUGGCAUCUAUAGCGAUAAUUGGAUGUCUUGUAUGGGUACACCAUAUGUAUACAUCCGGAGUAGAAGUAGAUACUAGAAGUUAUUUUACUACUACUACAAUCUUGAUCGCGUUGCCAACUGGUAACAAGAUAUUCAAUUGGAUAUGUACUUUGCAAAGUACUGUAGUCAAUAGAUAUCUUGGUAUAAUACAGAUAGUCAUAGCCUUCAUAGUUACCUUUACACUAGGUGGUACUACUGGAGUAGUCCUAGGCAAUGCAGGUAUUGACGUGUCUUUACACGAUACAGCGUAUGUGGUAGCUCACUUCCACUUCGUCUUAAGUAUUGGUGCAAUUCUUGCUCUAUUGGCAUUUAUUGCAUUUACACAAAGACUAAUGUUAGAAGUAGUUAUCACUAACAGAUGUUUGAUAGUACUAGUUCCAAUUAUGGUAUUAGCAAUACUGUUGACAUUCACUCCAAUGCACUUCUUAGGCUUUGCAACAUUGCCAAGAAGAAUACCUGACUACGGAGACGAAGUCUGGUCAUGGAAUGCAUUAUGUAGUAUAGGUUCAACAAUGCUAUUUAUCAUUAAGAUACUAUUACUAUACAUCUUAACGCUAUAG